AUGAUUCAGGUAACCGGACGUACAGGCGCCAGUCUCCUCUUAAUGGGUCUUCGUCUUCAUCUGGUGCUGGUUUUCAAUCAGAGAGACCAAAACUUUGAGCUUGGGGGAGUCCUGACCUUGAGCGUAUCUCUAGUCCGACCCCAUCAAGGAAGAAUCAAACGAGAUGAGCACGUGGAUGACUAUGAUAGAGAUUAUCCUAAAUCAUCCUCUCGUUCUGGUUGGAACUCACGUGAUUAUUAUGAAUCCGAUCACUCAAGGCGGGAUUAUGAGCAUCAAUCUAGAGAGUAUCCACGUGGUGUUGACAAAUAUUCUCCAGAUAGAUCUGAUAAUUUGGGGCAUAGAAGCAGGGAUAAAGAUAAAGACUUGUCAUCUGAUAGAGCUGGAUCUGGUAGGAGAUAUACCAGCAUUGAGACUAAGGAACUUAAUGGUGAGAAGUACAGCAGAGAUGAAAAUAAGAGAUUUGAUGAUAGGGAUAAUUACAAGGAGCGACAUUCUGAAGAACCAGAUGAGCACUGUGAAGAUAGAAAGGCAUUGUCCAGCAAAGAACAGGAAUCCGUUGCUAAGAAGCCAAAGUUAUUUAACUCCGAUAGCAUGUGUUCUGGAAAAGCAACCUUAGCUGAUAAUCAAUCUUCAAGCUUCAAGCAAGUGCAAGAGGCUUCUGGAAAAGUUCCCUCAGAGCAGGCCUAUGUGACAGAUUCUGAUAUUGAUGCUGCAAAAAUUGCUGCUAUGAAAGCUGCUGAACUAGUUAAUAAGAAUUUGGUUGGAACUGGAUACAUGUUUACUGAUCGAAAGAAUAAUCUGUUAUGGGGCAAUAAGAACACAACAAUGGAAGAGUCUGUUUAUCAUUGGGAUACGACAACAUAUGGUGAUUGGGAACGACAAGAAAAGUUCAACAAGCUUAUGGGUGUGAAAGGGGACACAAAAGUGCAGCAAAAGCAAGACAACCACAACGUGGAGAAGCAAAGGGAGCAGCUCCAGUUCGAUCUCGAGAAGCAAUACACUGCUGGAUUGCGUUGGAGAGAUGGUCGGACAGUUGGUUUGGGUCUUUAA